UAUACCAGAAAUCCUGUAAUAAUGUAAUAAUAGGUUGCUUAAUCUCAAUUCACAAGUUUUUUAAAAACAUUAACUAUUUGCUAAUUUGUCAUUGAUUUUUGUUUAUAAAAAUAUUUCGUAUUAUCUUCCAAGUUGUUCACUUCUUAAAUAAUUAUUUUUGUUAUAGCAUCUAUAUUUGAUUAACAUUUAAAUAUUCUGUUAUUUUAAUUGACCUCAAUUGAAAUAUUAACUAUAAAAAAUAUUUAACAUGUUGAGAAGGUAUAUUUUACUCAAUACUAAUAAAUUUGUCAAUUGUCGGCAUGUCUCCCAAUCAAUGUUACAGUCUACGGUUGAUGAAAAAUCAGGCAUAGCUACUGUGACAAUGAAUAAGCCACCCGUUAAUAGUUUAAACCUCGAGUUUUUAGAUGAAAUUAAUACUCAGCUUAAUAAAUUACAAAAAGAUAAAAUCCGAGGAAUGAUAUUGACAUCAGGUUUGCAGAAAGUUUUUUGUGCUGGAUUAGAUAUAACAGAAUUUUAUAAUCCAAAUCCUGAUAGAUUAGCCAAAUUCUGGACUGUCCUACAAGAUACAUGGCUUUCGCUUUAUAUGGCCUCGUUUCCUACUGUAGCUGUCAUUAAUGGUCAUAGUCCAGCAGGAGGUUGCUUAUUUGCCAUGAGUUGUGAUUACAGAGUUAUGGUUGGGCCAAAGUAUACUAUUGGACUUAAUGAGACUAAAUUAGGAAUUGUUGCUCCAAAAUGGUUUCAAGAUACUAUGGUUGCAGUUAUUGGUCAAAGGAAAGCUGAAGUGUCAUUGACCACAGGAAAAAUGUAUACUACUGAUGAAGCAUUACAAGUUGGUUUGAUCGAUGAAAGUUUGCCAGAUGCAGAUAGUGCUCUUAAGAAAGGAACACAAUUUUUGAAUAAUUUUCAAAGGAUAUCUCCUUGGGCAUUUAAGAUGACUAAAGAUAUUAGUCGUCAACCAACUGUUCAAUGGCUAAUUGAUAACAAGCAAAAAGAUCUUGAUUUUGUUCUUAAAUUCAUGCAAUCUCCAGAUGUCCAAAAAAGUCUUGGACUUUAUUUACAAUCUUUAAAAAAAUAAGAUAAUUUAUACUUGGAAUUUUAAUUUAAUUUUUUUAUAAUAUUAAACAAAUAGGUACCUAUAUCAAUUUUUAUAAAAAUAAAAUGAAUACAAAUCUUAUAAAGGCGGUGUUUGCAAAGUA